AUGGAAAGCGAACUGGGGGGAAUUCCCCCAACUCAGCCCGGGCCCAAUGCCCAAAGCCCACUCCAGCGAUCUUCUACUGCGAGUACCUUGCAUCACAACGAUUUCGACGACUCAUUUCUUGCCAGGGUCCGAGGCUUUUUCCAUAGAGAUAGUCACAUCGGUCAUGUCGCCCGUCACCCUCUCCGCACCAGUCAGGAUAUCGAAAUCCAUACGUGGAAUGGGCCCGACGACCCUGAUAACCCGUUCAAUUGGAGUAAGACCUACAAAUGGACUCUCACUUUGACCGUUUGUUUCAUCUCCAUUUUGACCGGUCUCCCUGCUGGAUCAUAUGGUGCUGGAAACAAUUACAUGGCCACAAGGUUUCAUGUCCAGAAUGAGCCAUUCCCCAACCUAGCCUGGGCGACGACCUCGUGGAAUAUGGGUGCUGCCUUUUGGCCACUGAUAUUCGUCCCGCUGACCGAGUCGUCGGGUCGUAUGCCGGGCUAUUUUGUGGCGUACUUCAUUCUCGUCGUGUCUCUAUUUCCCUCGGCAUUUGCCCAAAACUUCGCUACUCUAGUGGUGACUAGAUUUUUUGGCGGUGGCGCUUCUUCCGUGUCCAUUAACAUUGUCGGUGGAAGUAUCAGUGAUGUCUGGUACGGGGAUAAAGCUCGAAGUUUGCCAAUGUCCCUGUUCGGCUUCACCAGUGUGGUUGGAAUCGCCUUAGGACCAUUUAUUGGCUCUGCGAUUCAGACGAUUCACAAGAACGAUCCAUGGAGAUGGAUCUUCUAUAUUCAGAUCAUCUACAACGCAGCAUUGAUUCCAGUCUUCUGGUUGAUUCUCCGCGAGACGCGCGCAGACGUGAUCUUGAAGAAACGCGCGAAAAAGUUGCGGAAAGAGACCGGUCGCGCGAUUUAUGCCGAGGCUGAUCUCGAUACUACGAGUGUGUUGAGGCUCCUCCAAAUUUCAUUCGAGCGCCCUACGCGAAUGCUAUGUACCGAGCCCGUUGUGGGCUUUUUCACAUUGUGGGUUAGUUUUGCGUGGGGUAUUCUCUUCCUCUUCUUUUCUAGCGUCUCGCAAACCUUCAGUGCCAAUUAUGGCUGGAGUACAUUUCAGACUGGUCUCGUUCAGCUGGCUAUCUCAGUUGGCGCCGUGAUUGGCACUGUGAUCAAUCCGAUUCAAGACUGGAUUUACCUCAAUUCAGCAAAGAGGAAUCGUGAAAAUCCGGGGAAGCCGAUUCCGGAAGCUCGGCUAUAUACUUCUAUUCCUGGCAGUAUUUUGUUUGCAGCUGGGCUGUUCUGGUAUGGUUGGGCUAGUACUGGGGGCGGGUCCAUUCAUUGGAUUGUGCCGACGCUCGGAAUUGGCUGUACUGGUGUUGGGAUCUACUCUAUCUACAUGGCCGUCGUCAAUUAUCUAACUGAUGCGUAUGAGAAGUAUGCGGCUUCAGCUUUGUCGGCUGCGUCGCUGGGCCGCAAUACUUUCGGUGCAUUUCUGCCUCUCGCGUCGUUCGAGCUUUUCGAUACAUUGGGCUAUGGCUGGGCUGGUACUUUGCUCGGCUUUGUUGGAAUCGCUCUCUCGGUCGUCCCUGUUGUACUUGUGAUCCAAGGCCCAGCUAUUCGCCGAAGCAGUCCCUUUAUGCGAGAAGCGAUGUUCGAGCCGGGCGACAAAGAGUUGGAGAAGGAUCAGCAGUCAGAAAAGACAGAUGUGUGA